GACGACCAUUUCAAGCAUAAUUUUUCAAAUCGACGUAUCUAACUUUUUCACUGAUCUGAGUAAAUCCAUGGUCAAUGUUGACGACCAUUUCACUAAAAUAGUUUUUUAUAAAAAGACUUUUCAUAAAUUUUUUCGUGCUUAACAUCACCAGGGAUAUAGCACGCACUAGGUAAGAAACAAAACCUACUCAUUCCAUAUCAUUUUCACACUGAAUUUUGACAAAAAUACACAUACACCGGGUUGGUUAGAGAUACGUCAUGCCAGAUACGUCGCUUUUGUAUGGUACCAGUUUGGUGUAUCUGUUACUUUUGAUUUUGGCUAGAUACGUCGUUUGGUUUUCUCAUAUAUCAAAACGGUGUAUCUAUCAGCAAAGUUGUAAACAUCAAAAUAGUUAGAUACGUCAUUUUGAACAAUAUACUUAGUUAAACAAAUUAAGCAAUAAAUCAUCAAACAGUGAUGUGGGUUCUUCAAUUUGCUUUAUGAAUCAUGCAUGCAGCAGUUAACCCGGAUUUGUUUACAUUCUCGAGUUACGUCGGAUUGAAAAGUUAUGCUUGAGUUCUUCAAAUAAACAAAACAUCGGUGCUCCAAAAUUUCGUUUAUUUUGCCGAUUUUUAGCAAAAAUUCCCUUAAAAUGUCCAAAAAGAAGGAAGUUUCCGUUCUUCUCACCGUCGAACCCGAAAACCCCUUCGAAUGCGCCGACAUCAAAGACGAACCGCCGGACGACUUGAUCCCGGAACCGGAUGCUUCCUUCCUGCACCACCAUCCGACCCGUACGAACACUGCGGAAGUGGCAGUGCAAACAAACCGCCGCAAGAUUAUGAGCCGUGGCAUCCAAGUGGAUCUACAGCUGAUCCCGAAGGAAGCACUGGGGAACGUUCAAUCAGGGAGUUUUGUGGACGAGCCCCUGGGACCGCUGCUGGCCAAGGAAGCGUUCGAGAAACAGUGCCGCAUCUGCUUGCGGCAGAUGCCUAGUGCCAGUUUGGCUUACAUUAUGUUCGCACAGAAGACGAAAAUCUUGGCCGCGCUGGGGAUCAAGGUUUACCUGGGCGAUACGUAUCCGUUCAUUUGUCGGACCUGCGCGAAGCUGGUGGACAUGAUAUACGACUUCCGGAAUACCUGCUUAAGGGCGAGGAACAUGCUGGCAAGCGAGCGGAAGGGGAUUCCGGGGAAGGAUUGGGAUAGUGAAGAGAAUUUGCGGUUGAUCGAAAGCUGUCAGGUUCUACUGGAUUCCCACCGGAAUGACAUCGAUGCCGCCUAUGAGGAAUCGUCCUCGUUUUGCAAGGGGAAAACCAAACAAGAUGAUGUUCAAGUUAAACCGGAUUCCAUAGCGAUGGUGAUGGUGGAUCAUGUAGACGCUCCUCCGGAGCCACCAACGUCGGAAGUAGACUGCGUUUCCCCUGAGGUCGACGAGCCAAGCAGCAGUUCCCGAGUCUUUGCGCUGAAAGUGGAACCUGUUCAGUCGGAUCCUGGUAGCGACAGCCCCGUGGAGAACCAUGGCGACGACACCGAGGAUGAGGAUUACGUUCCUCCGUCCGGGGAGGAACCGGAGGAGAAAUUCGUUCCUAGUCCAUCUCCACCGCCGAAAAAGAAGCGAAUUCGUAUUGUGACGAAACCGUACAAAAAGCGCCAGAAGAAGGAGAAACCGCCGAAAAAAUGCGAUGAGCUAGCGCUGGAAGAUGCUCAGCAAGAUGAAACGAAGGAGGACAAAAAGGAAAAAGAUCAAAAAAGGUCACGUCGAGGUGCACUUUGUGAUUUCUGCGGCGAGUGGGUCGAGUAUCAUACCGUAGAAAGCCAUCAGAAUCAGCAUUUAGGUCUCAAACCAUACGCUUGCCAAAUGGUUGACUGCAACAUGUCCUUCUACUGUCGCAAUUUGCUAAUGAAGCACAUACGAAGGCAGCACAACGCCGAUGGACCGGAGUAUCAGUACUGCGACAUCUGUAAGCAACGGAUCAAGGGCCCCAAGGCGGCCCUAACCAAGCACCAAAAGAUUCACACCGAAGAGAAGCACUACGUUUGUUUGGUGUGCGGCAAAGGAUUCACCACGCCGGGCUACCUGCGGCAGCACUCGAAUAUCCACACCGACCUGAUGCCAUAUGAGUGCAGUGUUUGCCGGCGGAAGUUCAACAACAAGUACAAUAUGCUGACGCAUGAAAAGAAGCAUUUCGCUAGGGGUGAGUCAAUGGGAUCUGGCAAUGUGGUCAGUACGUCACCCCAAUCCGAAGCGAACCUUUCCUCGGCGGAGAUGUCACAUUUUCAGGGGUAUCCGGUGAGCUAAUCCUAGGAACGGGAGAUUCCAAACGGGACGUAUGCAAGCGUAUUUAGGAUGCUGAGCUGAAUAAAUUAUCACAGCAACAAAUUCAAACACUCGCUUUCCACUUCGAACAAUGUCACCACCGGGGAUCACCUUCAAUCAUCAGCGUAGAUCCAUCUCGUCGAAUGCGUGAUUAAACCCUGAGUUGAUUCCCACGACAGCAGCACACCCACACACCACUUUGUAUCAUCUGUCGUCGCAGGAACUGUAUCUUCUUAAACGAGGCGUCAUCGACCCCGUCCACCCCCGCUGCUGGCUGGCCCAGGCACCACCAUUAUCACCACAACACACGUCGUCAAGAUUGCCGCCCCAACGGCAGCGGCAGCGGCUGCCACGGCCACGGUUGUCGUUU